GAGGUCUCCGGUGUCGGUGGGCUGUAUCCGGCUGCAGCUGAUGGAUUUCCUGGUGCAGUAUUAAGUUAGUUUCAGGCUGAUUUUGCUUUUAAAACGCGAGAGUCAGAGAUGUUUUUGGAUGAGUGGUUUCUGGGUUUAUAUCCGCGAGGAUCUGGCGCCAGGCUCAGCAGCUAGAGGAAAUGCUGUGUGUGAGUUUGGUGUUUGACCACCACCUACUGGAGGAGGACCAGUAUCUCACUGGCUGGAGUCUCCCCGUCGAUGUGUGUGUCCCCCAUCUAAACCAGACGCAAAGUAAAUGUCUUCAGUCACUGACAGUUACUGACAGUGAGCGACUGUCGAGAAACAACCGCAGGUUGGUUAUGAAGGUGUUUCCUCUCCAUCCAAUACUUUGGUCCAGUGUGCUGGUUUUAUGCGCCUCACACAGUGAGACGGAGGCCAACGGUGCAGAUGUCUGUCAGGAGGAGAAGGUCCCGGGCGAUAUCUACCCACAGAGUCCUUCAUGGCAGGCGCACGAUGUCGAGGAGACUGAGGUGAACGGAAACUUUCACUGCCUCCUUUACCCAACAAAUACACUCAACUGCUCCUGGUGGUUUACAACCUUACAGAGGGACACUCGGCUCUUUGUCCAGAUCAGCGUUUGUGAUGACGACAGAACAGUUCGCUCUCUGAACGCUUUGUCUGAGGAAAGAAUCGGAUCGAAGUCUUUGCAUUUGCACGACAAAGCGAACUAUGUCAUCCUCCGCUUUAACAUGACCCUGCACGACGAGUGGACAGUUUAUACCUGCACGUACCACAUGGACAUGAUAGAGGUCCUGUCUCCACCCCAAAACAUCAAUGCAUCCAUCAAAGACAGAGACCUGUUGGUGUCCUGGAGUCUGCCUCACAGUCGGGAGGACUCCACUCCCCUGUGCUUUGAAUACCAGUUGGACAUGGGGGACCAGGAAAGACCCAGAAACGUGAGCGAGCACCUGUCUUACACAGAGCCCAAUGCAGAUCCCACCUGCACCUACAGCGUGAGGCUGAGGGCCAGAAAGAAGGACACCUGCCAAAAAUCCUCUCAGUGGAGCGAAUGGAGUCACGCCGUCA